AAGUCUUGAUGGUUUGAUGACUUGUCUCUAGUUACAUUUCAACUGAACCUGUUUUCUUUACCAGAAAUGUUUUUUACAAUCUCAAGGAAAAAUAUGUCCCAGAAAUUGAGUUUACUGUUGCUUGUAUUUGGACUCAUUUGGGGAUUGAUGUUACUGCACUACACUUUUCAGCAACCAAGACAUCAAAGCAGCGUCAAGUUGCGUGAGCAAAUACUAGAUUUAAGCAAAAGAUACGUCAAAGCUCUAGCAGAGGAAAAUAAGAACACAGUGGAUGUGGAGAACGGAGCUUCCAUGGCAGGAUACGCGGAUCUGAAAAGAACGAUUGCUGUCCUUUUGGAUGACAUCUUGCAACGCUUGGUGAAGCUGGAGAGCAAAAUCAACUAUAUUGUUGUGAAUGGUUCAACAGCCAAUACUACCAAUGGUACUAGUGGGAAUUUGGUGCCAGUAACCACAAAUAAAAGGAUAAAUGCAUCAGGCAGCAUUAGAUAGCAGAUGAAGAUCACCUAGCGCUGCUGCAUCCACCAUGGAUUAUAGUCUGUGGCAGAAAAGCUUUUAAUCACUGGCUAGAAGGCAGAGUAAUAAUUUACAAUAUCAGCUCUAUGCAUUUU